AUGGCGACUAUCCAACCCCGAACGCGGUCCCGCGUAAACAGCACGAGACCGACAACCACCAAACCACGCCCUCCCACGAGUGCUACAAACUCUACACAUGGGAGCGCUACGAUCUCUCCGGCUCUGUCCUCACUGUUCACCAAUUUGAGACUGUUGGACCUGGACACCUCACCAGGCUGGCCUGAUGUAACAGUCGACACAUUUGCUGCAACGGGGGUGCAGGGGCAAAAGAGGAGGGUACGCUGCGUUGAGUGGAUUUUGGUCAAGCUAUUUGAGCUUUGGAAUGAGGAAGAGGCUGCUGUAAAACUCAAACCCUUCUUCCCCGCGGCUGACCAAAUACAAUCUGUCAACCUCCGCUCAGCACUUCUUCGUCUUCUAGAAACCGCCAAAAAGAAUGGCAUCCUCGGUCGAGACUCGGUCAUUCGAAAAACUAUGCUCGACGACUGUAAGGGCGAACGCCUCGAAGAGGUUCUAGCCUACUUUUCCACAGCUGUACUAAAGAAGGUCCUCGAAGAAGAUAUACGGGCGUCUGGCGACUAUCCACCUGUUGCAAUGGGUCUAGCUUUUGAAAAUAAAGGAUACACAGGCGACAAUACCGAACUAAAUGCCCUGGUGUUAGCAUACAAAUCGUCGUUGUGUCGGUUCUUGGAGCACAAAGAGAAUAUCAGAGCCACGUAUCGUGACUUUGGAGACUUGCUGAGCGUCAAGGAAAGAGGUGUGGCGCGAAGGUUGGAAGCCAUUCGGGCAAAAGAAGCUGACUGCAAUCGGGAUACAUUGUCCAAUAAUGCAAGGGAGGAGAUGAGGCGCCUAGUUCGCAAUAACUGGUCCGGAAAUGAGAACUGGAUGCAGGUUCUCGUACAGGGGGAUUUUGCUGAUAAGAGAACGGGGUUGCUGGCCAUGCCAUUUGACAGAGUGUGGCGACGCGUUCAGCAGGGCCGCUUGGCUGAGGUUGAGGAAAACUCUGGUGGGUUGUUGGAACAGCUGGAUAGCAGAGUGCGGGUACAAAAGGAAAGGCUGGCGAGAUGGGAUGUAUUUCGAAAAAGGACAUUUGGCCAGCUGACCCAAGCACCGUUGUCACCGUCGAAACAGAGGGCUCUUGAGAAGAAACCAAGCAGAGGGAUUGACUUUAACUUUGCCGCUCACGUCGACCUGCAAGUUGGAAAGAGUAUCAGCCUGGGUAUGGGUAUUGGCAAGACAUCAAAACUCAACAAAGAACAUGAAGAUUUGCUCGAGGGGCUGAGGGAAGAUCUAUCUCGUAUAAGAAGCACAGACUCGUUGGUGCUGGGCAAUAUACAGAAAGGAAAUUUCAGGCGACGAUAUGGCGGUUCGUUUGGACAGUCUACGGAUGGUGCUGAGACAAUUUCUGAGAUUAGCGAACUCGAAGACGAACCUUAUGAGCCCAUCCCAGCGACUAUUCCCAUCCGAACAAACCGCACAAAGCUGCAAAGCCUACGACGGCACCCGGUCAAGCCACAAAUGAGGCACUCCGAAGUCUUCAACCAGUCCACCUCAACAACAGGAUCCCUCUCCCCACCGCCUCAAGCUCCCAUCCGCCAACAAGAAAUUUACCGUCCCCCUGUCGAAGAUUUUGAAGACAUCGAACCCCCACCCUCACCUACACAAAACAUGGCAGAUGAAAUCCUCGAGUCCAUGGAGCACGCAUCACCGUCGCCCAGCAAACACAAGCAACGACCGACUCUCUCCCUCGCCCAGCGUACGCGUCUCUCCAUGGCAGGCAAUCACUCUCCUUUUCUGGAUGAAGAGCCCGAACUGCCGCUUAGACCGGCCACCACUAACAAGCAUGGUCCCACGCCGCCGUCUGAAUCUGAGUCUUCCAAACCGGCAGACAAUGAGGCAAUGGAUCUGGUCAGUCGGACACGUCUAAGCAUGGCCGGCUUUGAAAAGGCUCAGAAGAAGGCUCAAGUCGAGCGGAGGAAGAGCUUACGCAAGUCAAAGGUAUUGCCAAGAAAGGAGGGGAGUUAUUUUCCAAAGGUGCAAGAGGAGGAGGAGAAGGGACAUGCGGAAUUGACCGAGGAGUUGAUUAUGGAGGAGGAUAUGGAGGCGGUGUUUAAGUCGAGGCCGAAGGUUAAGGCUAGUCCUGUGGGAAGUCCCACCCGGGAAUGGGAUGAAUGA